UGACUUACUUAGUAAAUUGUCAAAAGAAGAGCUAGAGCAACUCUCAAAUGAGGUAUAUGUGCAACAAGUACAUUUUCCAACCUUUGAGAAGCCAGCCCCGAUAACGCAAGCGUACGGAGAUUAGAGCUGGAUGAGCCCAUACAUAGAGUACCUCAAAAUGAGAAAAUUGUCAAAAGAUUAAAUAGAAGCUCGAAGGAUCGCAACUAAGGCCGCUAAUUAUCAAGUAUUAAGAGGAAUUUUGUAUUGAAAAGGGAAACAACAAUCAAUAUACCAGCAACACUGCAGUUGAGUAUAUCUAGCCCGUGGCUAUUCUCACAAUAGGGAAUAGACAUACUGAGGUUGUUUCCAAAGACAGUGAGGCAGAAAAGAUUCGUGGUGGUGGGAAGCAAAGACUGUUCCUAAUAUCACGACAAGGAAGAUGGUGGAUUUUGUAUGGGAAACAUUAUCUGCUGGUUCAAAAUACACAGGACAUUGAUUUCCGACAAUGAAAAACAGUUUGAUUACAAAAUCUUUAAGGAUUUCACCCGACAUAUGGGGAUUUAGUACAAGUUCUCCUCAAUAGCCCAUCUGGAUAUAAAAGGCUAAACUAAGGUGACAAACAAAGCUAUUCUCCAAGGACUGAAUAAGUGAUUAGAUGGAGCCAAAAAGAAUUGGGUUACAGAGCUAUCUAGCAUUUUGUGGGCAUUUCGAACCACUCCCUGAUUGGCCAUGGGAGAGACUCCAUUCUCACUGGCCCUAUGGAACAGAAGCAGUCCCAACACACUAGGUGCAAUUUAACAAUGAAGGCCUCAAUGGUGAAAAGCUAAGAAGCAACCUCGAUGCCCUUGAGAAAAUUAGAAAUGAGGCACGAGUAUGAACAACAACUUACCAAUAAAGGGCAACUAGGUAUUAUAACCAAAAGAUCCGCAAGAGAAAUUUGAAAGUGGAUGACUUAGCUCUGAGAAAGCUAGAGGCAAUCAGGAAGAGGGCUAUUUUGGGCAAACUAGCACUGACUUGGGAAAGACAAUUCCGAAUUAUAAAGGUUGUCAAGCCGGGACUAUAUAGACUCGAAGAUCUGUAGGGAAAUUUAGAACCCCGUCCUUGGAACAUCUAGCAUCUAAAAAGGUACUUUCAAUAGAAAGAUCGGUGUAAUCUUGAUGCAAUGGAAAUGAAAUUCCUUUUCUCAUUUCUUUCAACUUUAAAAACUUUGGUUUGAAACUUUGGGCAUGACAUAAAAGGAAAAAUUCCAACCACGGCGAGCACCAGCCUCGGAAAUUGACACAUGGUGCUAAAUAAGCUGAGUUGAGGAAUAAAACAAAGAAAAAUCCAACCACGGCAAACAUCGGCCUCAAAAAUUGACCCUUGGUGCUAAAUAAGCCAAGUUGAGAAAUAAAGCAAAGAAAAAACUCAAUCACAGCAGGCAUUGGCUUGGAAAAUUGACCCCCUGAUGCCAAAUAAGCCGAGUUGAGGAACAAAGUAAAGAAAAAGAAAAAAACCCAACCAUUGUUGUUACCGAAUUCGAAAAUUGACCAUCGCUGCCAAAUAAGCUGAAUUGAGGAAUAAAACAUGACGAACCCAAUUACAGCAUACAUAUAACGCAGGUUUAAAAUACCCACAUGCUAUAGCAUUCACAAUAUUAACAAAACAAAAUAGAUACUAUUCCUGAAAGUUCGUCCCCAGAAUUUGUGGUCAGGAGAUCCUCACCACUUCAUUUUCUCAUCUCAAGCAGUCUAUAUAUUCCAGCAACUAUAGUUAAGAGAAAUUCAACAGCAUAUCGGCUUCCGUUCAGUUUAGGGGAUCAAGAUGAGCAAAGCAUGUUCUGCUGCAAUCUCGAUUGCCAAGAGGCUUGAAGGGAAGGUGGGUCUGAUUACUGGUGGAGCUAGCGGAAUUGGUGCGGCCACUGCGAGGCUGUUUCUCAAACAUGGAGCCAAGGUCAUUGUUGCAGAUGUUCAAGAUGAUCUUGGCCACUCUCUUUGCCAAGAACUGGGCUCAGAAGAAAUUAUCACUUAUGCCCAUUGCGAUGUAACUCGUGAUUCUCAAGUCCAAAACGCUGUAGAUUUAGCCGUCUCCAAGUAUGGAAAACUUGAUAUUAUGUAUAGCAAUGCUGGACUUCCAGCCAAUAUGGAUGGAAUCCUAAGCUCAGACAACGAAGAAUUCAAAAGGGUACUCGAUGUCAAUGUGUUUGGUGGUUUCUUGGCAGCCAAACACGCUGCUAGAGUCAUGAUUCCUGCCAAGAAAGGUUCUAUUAUCUUCACUGGAAGUAAUCUUUCAGUGUCUUGCUUUCAGUGUGCGCAUGCAUACACUGCUUCAAAGCAUGCUGCGGUUGGUUUGGCUAAGAAUCUUUGUGUGGAAUUGGGCCAAUAUGGGAUCAGAGUUAACUGUGUCUCGCCAUAUGCAAUUGUAACCCCAUUGCUAAAGAGCUUUGUAGGGUUAAUGGGGAUGGAGAAUGAGAAGAUUCAGGAAGCGGUUUCGGCUGCCGGGAACUUGAAGCACGCUGUGUUGAAAGCAGAAGAUAUAGCAGAAGCUGCUUUGUAUUUGGGAAGUGAUGAGUCUAAGUAUGUGAGUGGGCUGAAUCUGGUGGUUGAUGGAGGCUAUACUCUAACCAAUCCCUCCAUUGAAAUGGCAAUCAAAAGAUUACAUUCUUCUUAGGCAGUGAUGUGUAUAAUCAGGAGUAUCCCUCCAUUGAUGGAAGUUAUGGUAUUGGGUUGAUGGUCUCGCUUAAUUAUGGUGUCUUGUCUUUAUUGCUGUAUGCAUGUCCCUCAUGGUUUCUACUUUCUAAGCAUGUUCAACAGGUUUUGUUGUUUAUGGCUGGUUUUGAUCAGUUUCUUUAUGCUUUCUUGUUUGAUUGUGCCAUAUCUUCUUGGUUGAUUGGGAUAUAGAUUGUCUCUGUCCCAGUUAAUGCGAUAUAAAUUGAAUGGUGAACGUUUAAUUUUUGUUUU